UAAAUCAAACACAACAUUUGUGUCAGUUUGGACUGUUUAGUUACAUUUCAACUAAGACUGAAAUAUUAUCAAUCGCGACUCGCCAGGCAUAUGAGAUCAUGGAAUGAAAUGUGUUUAUCCAAAAAAAAAAUGAUUAGUCCAUCGAGAUUAUUCAGAAGUUACGGGGUGAUAAAUCAAUUAUCACUAAAGUUUAGGGACGCAAAAGAAAAGCUAAACACAAGAAAAGUUGCACAUCAUAGGAAUCGAACGGAGAUUUCGCUGCCGAGUGUUAAGUGAUCUACGACGAUGCGCCGGCGAGAAGAAAAGCGUCGAGAGUUUCACGAAGCUCUUCUUCAAACACUGUAUCCUCCUCCUCCUUCAUCGCCACCGUCUCCGGUGGAGGUUGUUGAUGACGAACCAUUCGAUGUGACACUCAUAAACCCAGAAGAUUACUUGAAAAUCGAUUCAUCGAAUCACGGGGACGUCAACGAAAUCGGAGACGAAUCGGGGAUUGCAGAGAAACCGAGUCGAGCGAAGAGGAAGAGGUUAAGGAAGAAGAUGCUCAAAGAGGAAGCAGCUCGACGGAAGAAAGUCAUCGGACCUUUACUUCCGACUGAAAUGCUUCAGACCCAUGAUGGAAUAAGAGUCGGAGAUGCUGGUGGGAGCAACUUUGAAGAAGAAGAUUCUGAUGGAGACGAAGAAGAAACUAGUGGGAGCAUUAGCGACAUCUGCUCGGAACAAGGGAAAAUCGAUGACAAUGAUAAGACGAGAAAAGUCAAGAAGAGAAGAGAGGCAAAGAAACUGGCCAAAGAGAGUUCUAAUAUCCAGGAUGGAUCCAACCCCUGAAAAUUCCUAACUAGAAAAUUCUAAAUUAGGGUUCUAAUUAAUACAGACCUUUAUGUAAGAUGUUAAUUACCAUUUCUUUAAUAAUUCAAGGGUGUAUCCCUAAAUUUGUAAAUUCUUAUUUCUAAGAUUAGUAAAAUUACCUUUUUGCCCUUAUUAAGAGGAUUUAAUA